AUGGUGGGCGGGUGGAGCAGACGAAGCUCGCCGGAGAAGCUCAGUGGGAGCAUCAGCGUGGUUGAGUUCUUAAGUUCUUCUGCGGAUGGAAAGGACGAGCAGAUAAGAUCGUUUGAGAAGAACCUUAGUAACGGGAUUGGUGCAGGCGAGUCCACGUUGGCGGACGACGUGGGCGCCGACGAGGACGGCAACACGUACGUGACGGACGUCCUGGGCAGCAAGAUCUGGAAGGUGAGUCCGGACGGCGAGCCGCUCUCAAUCAUAAAGAACGCCACCUUCAUCCAGCGGCCCGGGACGUGGAACAACCUCAUCGGCCUCAACGGCAUCAUCUACCACCCAAACGGCUACCUCCUCGUCAUCCACACUACCGGCGGCGAUCUCUUCAAGGUGGAGCCGAGGACGGGGGCCGUGAGCGUGGUGAAAGUGCUGGGCUCGCUGAAGAGGGGCGACGGGCUAGAGCUGCUCUCCCCGACGAGGCUGGCCGUCGCCGGCAUGCCGACCCGGCUGGUCGAGAGCACCGACGACUGGGAGACCGCGCGCGUCACGGGCCGGUACGUCGGGCCGGCGCACAGGGUCGGGACUUCGGCGACGGUGAAGGACGGGGACGUGUACGUCAACUACGUCUUCGGAUUCGGGCUCGGCAGGAAGAAGACGCACGUCAUUGGUAAGGCUGUGUUCGCACCUUUGUAA